AGGGGAAGGGUGUAGGGUGUAACUGUUGUAUUGGGACUGACCCUGGGUAGUGAAGUGUGUUUUUGUGUCCGCUUGGUCUUUUAAAACUCAGAACAAACGGGUAGCGGGAGAGAGAAGAGAGGAGACCGGGGGUCGGGAGUUUAUCAUGUACAGAGCAACUAUGAGUUCUAUCAGCGAAAAAUCGACCCAGUGAGGGAUUGAAACUACGUGCUUGAGUGAUCUUAAACACCGCUAUGAUGGAUGUCAACGACAACAUUAACGCUUUCUCCCAACCGUCCAUCCUCUUCCUGACAUUCCUUCAACAAACACCUUCCCAUAACCCGGAGUUUAAGCGUGAGUUACAGCUGCUGACCUGUGAUAUGGCUCUCCAAGCAGAUCAGUGUGUUUACAGUGGUGAGAUGGACUAUUCAGACCACAGUAUGAUCGACCCGAACAUUGAGUGUGAUGGUGAAUUGGAAGCAGAUGGACAUGGGCUUUCAAUUCAGAGAAAUCUUCUGCAGGACAUUCUUCCUCAAGCCCACCUUGGAUUGCCAGUGAAUAACGAGGUCAUUCGAGAGGUAGCAGCGGAGCUCAUUACAAUUGCAGAUGAUCUUAAUAACACCAUCAUGUCUCGAGCUGCAGACAGUCUGACCAGUGAACUGAGAAGAACAUCAUCUAUGCAGACGUGGCCGGCCCUCCUGAGACGAAGUGUUACUGAAUUAAUAAACUGUGUGCCUGGUGCCCACAACGAGCAAGUGACAAUGGCUCUUACAUUCUCCCUAGUGAAGGCAGUGUGUGAACGUGCCCCUCCCCUCCUGCGGGGUCUCUUUAGCGUACUGAUGCAGUAUAUCUAUCCAGCCAGGCCCCGGUGACCCACUCCACUGACACCUUCUGUUUUCAACUUGAUUCUAAAAGGGAGCAUUUUUGCUGUUUUGAUUUUUUUUUUUUUUUUAAUUUAGUAUGAUUCCUGGGCUUAAUCAGAACACCCUGGACAAAUAAAGUUGAGGAUCUCUUGAGUUUAGUGGUGAGAUCUGCAGCAGGGAUUCAGGUUAUACUCGGUGCUGUUCCACGUGACUUCCUCAGGGGAAAGAAUGCUGUUUACAGACAUCCCUGCCAUCCCUGAUUGUACAAACUUGUUCAUUCAUCUUUAUGACUUACUACUGCUGGUGUAUGAGGAAAUGAUUUUGUUAUGUAUUUAUACUCAUAUCACUGAUGCAAAGUCAUAAUUCUGCCUGAGAGAGUGGGGCUUGUUCAUGGUUGGCACUUGUACUGGUAGAUCUGUGAAUCUGUGAAUCUGUUCCGCAUCAUUAAAUGUUUUUUUUUUUUGUUAAAUUUCUUUUUUGUUAAAUUUCUUUUUCGUUUACUUGUUUACACAAUGUACCAUUGUGAAGAUUUUGUUUAAAUGUAGUUGUUUAUUGUUGGGGAAUUAAACACAAAUUGGCACAA